AUGUUUCUCUCAUUCGAUGCCCAGCCAGAGGAAAGUGACCCGGGCCUGCGUAACCCGAAACAUGCAAAGCGCGGCGAUAGACUCGGCCGGCGACAAUCGAUGGUACGCGCCUGCAACUCCUGUCGUCGUCGAAAAAUAAGAUGUACUGGCGAGAAACCCUGUGAAUCGUGUCGCUGGUACAAAACACCAGAGCUGUGUUGCUAUCCAGAACGUCGACAGUCGUCAAGCCACUCAGAUAGAUCACCAACAUCAUCAAACAACUAUCCGGUUGCACUGAGAAGGCUCAUUCCAAAUACAGCCCCCGAAAACAACGUCGAUUUACCCCGAGAGAAACUGUUAGAUUUGGUAACUACAGGCGAAUCUCAAGAUGUUCAGUACCAGGAGUCACCGACCGCCGCCGCAUCAAUUCAAACACACAACUCCGCACUAUCUAUGGGGGAGCCAACUCUAGAGUCUCUGCAUUCGAUGCCCGAGGAGCUCCUUGAUGAAGGCCAAGGUCCAAGCAGGUCAGACUCAAUGGAAAAUAUCUCAGAUGAUGUAAACGCAUUAUCAUUAACCGCUCGACAACCUGCCUCGUAUUUGGGUAUCUCGUCUACUCAAGCUGCUAUGAAAGUCAUCGCCUGGCUUCAUCCGCAGUUCAAGACAUCCAUAUCCCGCGUUUUGCCCAAAUACCAAAACAAAAAAACAAUGAAGUCGAUGCCACCUAUAGGUAUACAGUCUGGUAUUCCUCCUACAGAAAUGGAAUUGCUCGAUGCGUACUUCACCGACUUUCAUCCACUCGCACCACUUUUAGACCAGAAGAGCUUUCGCGCCACCCACUUGGUCGGAAAUCGAAAGGACAACCGAUGGUUAGCAUUGCUCAACAUAGUCCUGGCACUGGGUAGUAUCGCAGCUCCAGGUCCAGACAACCAUACUCACCAGGCAUAUUUUGAGCGUUCGAUGAAUCUCCUGAAUUUAGCUACACUCGGGACUCCUACCCUGGAAGCAGUCCAGACUCUAGGUCUCAUCGGAGGCUGGUACUGUCACUAUACCAGCCAACCUAAUCUUGGAUACUCCCUGAUGGGCGUGUCUCUCCGCAUGGCGGUCACCUUGGGAAUACAACGAGAGCCUUACGACGGCCAUUUGGCACUUGAUCCUGUCAGGGCUGCCUAUCAAGAGUUCAAACGCCGUGUGUGGUGGUCACUUUGCUGUUUAGAGACAUGGGGUCACGAGACACUCGGCCGGCCGUGUAUGGACUUUUUUGCUCCCAGUAUCACUGUCUCCCAGCCACGACUGCUUGAUGAGGAAAACUAUCUCCACAUACUCCCCUUGAUCGAGAAUGUCGAGUUCGUGAAGAUUGCUUCAAAGAUACAGGAGUCUUUAGCUGGUCUACCAACACUCACACACGCAGAGACAUUCGACCUAGACUCCCAACUUCUUCAGUGGUGGAACAACUUGCCCCCAGCUCUUAGAGAUUAUGAGCCCUGUUCCGAGUCGCUACACACCGCGCGAACUGUGAUGCGCUGGCGUCUUUACAAUCAACGCAUGCUACUAUAUCGCCCAAUGCUUCUGACCUACGCGAUGCGACGAGUUCCUUUCAUGAGCAUUCGAGAGGAUGAGCGUAAUGCAAUACUCAAGUGUCGUGAAAUUGCAGAACGCUCUAUUCAAGAUAUUUCCAUGGCGACAAAAUUGAAUCAAAUGAUUGGCUGGAAUGGUGUCUGGUUAUUAUUCCAGGCAACAAUGGUGCCUCUGGUUUAUCUAUCUACUCGGUCGAAAAAUGACGAUUCCGUCACUACAUUUGAAUCUUGCAAAACACAAGUCGAGACGGCCAUGCUGACGCUUGACCGUUUGAAGCCUUAUGGACAUACGGCGGAGCGUACAUUGGAGGUUGUUUCGGCAAUUCUCGAGGUUUGUUUGCAGGGCAGUGAGGCGAACGCCCCCGAGAGGGCUGCAGAAAGUCUUGAAACUCAGGAUAUUUCUCAUUUGAAUGAUUUUGAUUGUUACCCACCGACUUCUGCAGAUCGAGUUUGGGAUUGGACUGUUACGUCUUUCGAAAAUAUUCCCCCUGAGUCAAUGUGGGAAUACCUCAGUUGGGGUGCUCAAGACAUGUGGCCUGGGGUUACUGACGUUGGAUUUGAUAAUCCAGCAAUGUCUUUCUUUCAGUCUAGUGAAGGGAAUGUGUAA